CUGUUCGACGUAAACAUUGUCACUACGUGCAUUUUUUUUGGUUAACGUUAACGUCAAACUUCUCAACGAGUACAAUGGCAGAGACCGCGCCAGCUCCGGCAGCUUCCACAGCUAAAGCGCCUAAAAAGAAAUCCGCAUCAAAAGCGAAGAAGUCUGGACCGAGCGUAUCAGACUUGAUUCUGAAAGCUGUGUCUGCUUCUAAUGAGCGCAAAGGCGUGUCUCUGGCCGCGCUGAAGAAGGCACUCGCGGGCGGCGGAUACGAUGUGGAGAAAAACAACUCGCGCGUCAAGCUCGCGCUGAAGGCGCUCGUGAAGAAGGGUUCGCUCGUGCAGACCAAAGGCACUGGAGCAUCCGGCUCGUUCAAAGUGAGCAAAGGCAGCACGGUGAAGAAGCCAGCCAAAAAGACUGAAGUGAAACCCAAGAAGCCUGCACCGAAAAAGCCGGCCACUAAAGCGGUAAAGCCUAAGAAGGCACCAGCUAAGAAAGCUUCACCUAAAAAGGCGCCUAAGAAAGUGAAGAAACCUGCAGCAGCCGCGGCCAAAAAAGCCACAAAGAGCCCGAAGAAGGCGAAGAAGCCUGCGGCGAAGAAAGUGACCAAGAGCCCGAGUAAGAAGGUCAAAGCCGUGAAGCCUAAAGCAGCCAAACCCAAAGCGACUAAGGCAAAGAAGACAGCUGCCAAGAAGAAGUAAGAAACUAUCCUGCUUGCAACUCCAAAACAAAAGGAACACUCUUUAAAGAGCCACCGAGAUGUCACCACAAGGGUUAAAAUUUGGACUUGAGCAUGCGCAGAACUAAUUAAAAUACUAUGAACUACAGGAAGAGUGGUGCAAGCGUGCUGACGGUAGAGGAGGAACACCAGCGAGAUUCCACACAGCAAAACAACCUGAACAUUAGCCUUGUUUUCAUCCGACUUUUUUCCACAGGAGAAACUCUUUUACAUUAUUCAUGGGUUUGUGAAUAACUGUUUUUUAAUGUCUUUCAUUUUUAUUCAUACAAAUGGCAACAACAGAGAUGUUUGUUAAACUCAAAUUGUGAUAUAUAUAUAUAUAUAUAUAUAUAUAUAUAUAUAUAUAUAUAUAAUGUGUGUGUGUGUGUAAUUUUCCCAAAAUUUAGUCAUGGCAUCCUUGUCUGCUCCGUCCACACUUCCGGUAGGGAAAGUAGUGUGUUUUUUUGUUUUGUUUUGUUUUGUUUGGAAGUGUUCCCACAAACAGUUGAUGAGAUAUUUGAGUAGAAAUCUUUCUAUUGGUUUAAGUGAACUCUGAAAACACAACACACUGUCACUACCUCUGCACACUGUGCACAAAUCCCAUUAAGGCUUUUGUGCAGCUUUUCCAAUCCCUCUUCGAGCCGCUUAGACCACAGGACCUGGAUACAACAAUCCUUACACUAAAAUCUCCCAAGUGUACAUGACAUUUAAAAUGUUUGACUUUUUCCAUAUCUCCACCUAACCUCUUUUUUCUAAUAGUCUGUGCUCAUCUUAGUCCAAUUUUUCCUCUCUGUUUGUGUAUAUAGAUAUAUAUAUAUACAUA